CUUCUGUGUGUAGCCUCGAAAUUCCGAUUAUUAUAUUUCAGGAUCACGUGGCUUGACAGCGCGUCGCGUCUCAAGAUUUCAUGUCAGGCUAAGUUUGCUAUUGCUAUUACACACCCCGUGCCUGCUGCAACUGAGCGUCUUUUACAGUAAGGAAGUUGCUCGGUGCACGGCGUAGUGGUCACUAUUUUCCAUUGCCAUAGGCCAAUUGACAUCCUAACGUGAUGGCGACAAGAUCUAAUACAGCUGGCCCAGCCACACGUGCCUCAACGCGCACUAAGACACCUGUUCCUGCUCCUAGCACAGGGCCGUCCGUGGUCAGGACGGCAAAGGGCAGAACCGCAAGUCAAACAGGACCGUCGAAAGCAAAGACAGCCGCAUCGCGUAAACCGUUUGUUAACAAGGCCAAUGCUCCUGACGACGAUUCUACUGCACCAAAUAUUGGAGCUGGAGGUGGCCCUCGGCCGACAAAGGCAACGUAUGUGGAACGCGAGUCGACGGUGGCGUAUCUUCGUAUCAGACCUCACCUGGGAGAUGACGAACCGAUGGCAAUGCCGUAUCUGGAGUCACUGUCAGACACAUCAGUCAGGAUGUCGGAUCCCAGCAUCGAUCGUCAAGGUGGCGCAAAAUCUGGUUGUCGGGUGUCGGUCAUCGCGCCUUCCUCUGUAUACAAAUUCUCGCACGUAUUCCCUCCCUCGACGACACAAGAAGAUUUUUUUGCAACAACAACACUCCCUCUCAUUCGGGAUCUUUUGGAUGGUCAAAAUGGGCUUCUCUUCGCAUAUGGUGUAACAAAUUCGGGCAAGACAUACACGAUUCAGGGUGGAAGUGAACCUGGGUCGGCUGGCAUCUUGCCCAGGACUCUGGAUGUGCUGUUCAAUAGCGUCGAUGGCUUGCAUAGUGAUGGUCGAUAUCGGCCAGUGCGCCUCUAUGGUGUCGAAGAAGCCGACCCUUCGGAGUCCGCUCCACCUACAGAGUUCGACGUUCCCAAUGGACCUGCUCUCGCCCAGGUUCUGGAGGAACAUCUGGCAACUACAGAUAAACCAACUGACAAUACUGACCCGACAGUGAUCAAAGUGGAUCGCAAUUAUGAGUAUUCUAUUUGGAUUUCCUAUGUGGAGGUCUACAAUGAGAAGGUGUAUGACCUACUGGCAUCCGUAGACGAGAAUGAAGAAGGCACUGGGUAUCACCAAGAACAGGGUGUGCACCCCUUACUGCUCAAGCGAAAGGCACUCACGGUGAAGCCGUCACCCACAACGGACACUAUCGACAGUGGGAGCACCGGGCGAUAUAUAUCCGGAUUGAAACAAUUCCGUGUUACAGACGCUCUGCAAGCAAAAGCACUAAUCAAACUUGGCCAGCUCCAUCGACGCGUCUUUGGCACGCUGGCAAAUAGCCAGAGCAGUCGCAGUCACAGCAUUGUUACAAUUAGAGUACUCAAAGGACAUCGUGCCGAAAGAGACGAUCCUACCUCCUUGCAAAUGUCACGACUGUCUGUGGUUGAUCUCGCCGGUUCGGAACGUGCAAAAAACGCACAAACCAGUGGUGACCGCCUAAAGGAAGCUGGAAACAUCAAUAAAUCUCUCAUGAUACUUGGUCAAUGCAUGGAGGCCAUGCGUACAAACCAAAAGCGCCUGGCUCGUGGCUCGGCAAUUCCAGGACAUGAUGCUCAGGAACCUAGGAAGGCCUUAGCGAUCGUACCCUUCAGACACAGCAAACUCACAGAAAUCUUAAUGGACUACUUCGUAGGGGAUGGGAAAGUGGUCAUGAUAGUCAAUGUUAAUCCAUACGACACGGGAUUCGAAGAAAUUUCCCAUGUUAUGAAAUUCUCUGCGUUGGCUAGAGAGGUUUCCACUGUCGUUAACAAUGCUCCAUUGCCCCGACUGCAAUCCAGUCCUAACAAGCUGGGACUGCAUGUUGGGCUAAACCCUUCUAGAAUACCGCGAGGAGUUGUACGCAAGGUGACAAUCUCCAGUAUUGGACCAGGAAAGAAAGUCAGCGAAGCCCAGUUAACUAUACUUGAAGAGGACGAAGAGUCGGACGGAAAGGAGGAUGAAUCCGAUGACGAAGCCAUCAAUCCAUUAGUAGAUGCGCUGUUCGACGAAAUAGAAAAUCUCAGGCUGAAGUUAUACGAAGCAGAGAUCCGCUGUGCCGUUGUAGAGGCCGAGACAAGAGAGGAAGUCAUGAAAGAGAUGGAAGAGAGGAUGCGCGAAGUCGAGAGAACUUACGCGCAGAGACUAAUGAGCGAGGUGGAACGAAACGAACGGAAGAUGGAUGCCAAGAUCGAUAUGCUACACCAGGCUGGCUUGCUUGGUACGGCGAAGAAACCUGUUGUGUCAGAAAGCGAGAUAGAUGGUUCGAUCUCGUUGGAUGAAGACGGUUCUUGUGGCGUGGCGGAAGAUUUUUCUGACCCGCCUUCCUCACCACUUGAUGGAAAAGCGAAUUUUGGAAAAUCUAUUGGAAGCAUAACAAAACAGUUUACCUUGCUGUCGAUACCGGCCGACGAAAGAUCGGGUGAAACUAGUGCAACCAUGGAAGACAGCAAAAUGUUAGUCGGCGAGAGUGACGAGAACAUGCCUCUUACUGUUACAUCUGCGAAGACAGUCGACAUGGACCAUGAAGUUGAUGAUUCAAUUAUCAUCGUACCGAACAGGAGAGCAGGUACGGAUACAGGAGUCGUCUAUAUACCCGGCAAGGGUGAACUGGACGCCGUGAAGAAGAAGAAAAGACAACUAGGUUCAAAGUCCGUCAUCACACAAGAGCAGGUAGAGCAGGUGGUAGGAGCGAUGGAGCUGAAAACAGACAAAAGCACGAGAAUUAAGCGUAUGGCCCGAGCAAGUUAAGCGCGAGCGCACACAGAUGAAAUUGCAUGCUGUAUCUUACUACUCGAUCUGCAUCCUGGCCUUACGCCAGUUAUUGUACUUUGCGCAUCUGUUGUGAUCCUUGCCG